AUGGAGACGCUCAGGAGAGACCUGCACGCCUCGGCAGCCCAGUGCAGCUCGCUCCUCACGCGCUACUCGAAACUCGCCCAGCAAGCCUCGACCAGCUACUCGUCGUCCGGCCUCGUCAAGGACGACCUCUCGCGCAGGCGCAAAGACCUCGAGGACGAGAUCUCCAACUCGUUCGACUCGUUCUCGAGCCAGGUCGACCGCCUCGCCAACCUGCACGCGACCGCGCACCCUCCACCGUCGGCCUCGGCCGCUCACGCCCUCGAACGGCACCGCGACGUCCUCCAAGAGUACCGCCGCGACUUUCAGCGCACCCAGACGAGCCUGCGAGACGCCGAGCAGCGCGCCAACCUCCUCGGCUCGGUCCGCGAGGAGAUCAGCGCCUUCAAGACGGCGACCGGCUCGUCCGUCACCGACUCGCUCCUCGCCGAGCGCGGCAGGAUCGACAACAGCCACCGCAUGGCGGACCAGACGCUCGAGCAAGCGUACGCGACUCGCGCAGAGUUUGCCGCUCAGCGCUCGGGCCUGUCGGGCAUCCAGGCGCGCAUGAACGGCGUCGCCGCUCAAGUUCCCGGGCUCAACUCGGUCAUCGGCAUGAUCAACUCGCGCCGGCGCCGCGACUCGGUCAUCAUGGGCACCGUCCUCGGAGUGUGCACCCUCUUGCUCCUCUUCUUCGUGUUUGGCUGA